GGAACUUGGUCACUUGGAGUGUGGAACUGGUACAGUCUAAGGUGUGGAAUAGUUCGCAGCAAGUGUCCAAACAACCUAUUAAGUUUUGAUCCUGUUAAGCCGUUCUGUUGAAGCGUACGUGUUGUACACUGCAGCGAAAGUAACUAAACAGCCGACCUCUUGGCGAUUCCAAAUGAACAUUUAUAAGAAUGGAUGACAGGGAAAUAGUUGGUCCCAUCACUCGUCAAAGACGGGUAACCUUGUCGAAUACGAGACGUGGCUCUUUGAAAAACCUAAAUGAAUUGAACGGAAGAUUAAAUGAGAAAUCUGACAGAGCAGGCAAGACGAAGCGCAAGGCACAGGAAUCCCAAGCUGAAAAUGCAAACGAAAAAAACAAACGAAACGGUCGUGGUGAUAAAAUGAGUUGUCACACGUUGCAGGAGUCCCUGCUCAGUUCUUCCAGUGAAUUCAGUAACUACAGAGGCAUCCUCAACUGGUGUGUUGUCAUGCUGGUGUUGAGCAACGCACGCCUCUUCCUGGAGAACCUCCUGAGGUAUGGAAUCUUAGUGGAUCCUAUCCAAAUUAUCUCCCUGUUCCUGAAGGACCCCUAUAGUUGGCCUGCAGCAUGCCUGGUCAUUGUGUGCAACGUGUUCAUCGUCGUGGCCCUGUAUGUGGAAAGGCAGCUGGCGAAGGGCUCCAUCAGCGAGCAGUUUGGGAUGUUUAUUCAUUUCCUCAACCUGUCAAUCAUCCUGUGUUUUCCCAUGGCAACUGUUCUGUGUUUGCCCUCCAUUACUCCAGUGGGAGCCUCUUUUGCUCUGGGCGUGUACACCAUCGUCCUGCUGAAGCUGUACUCCUACAAAGAUGUGAACAAGUGGUGUCGGGAGAGGAGGCAGGUCAGAGCACGCAGCCUGUCCAGAUCGCUCUCCUGUCCAUCCUCACCAACAAUUAGCAGCUCUUCUCAGACUCAUGUCUCUUACCCAGGCAAUCUCUCUCUGCGAGACCUGUAUUAUUUUGUAUUUGCCCCCACACUCUGCUACGAGCUUAACUUCCCUCGGUCUCCGCGGAUACGCAUGGGCUUCCUGUUGCGGAGGCUGUUUGAGAUGCUGCUACUUACACAGCUGCUGGUGGGCUUGAUACAGCAGUGGAUGGUCCCAGUUAUCCAAAGUUCAAUGAAACCACUGCAGGAAAUGGAUUAUUCUAGAAUGGUGGAGCGACUCCUCAGACUGGCGGUUCCCAACCACCUGAUCUGGCUGAUCUUUUUCUACUGUUUUUUCCAUUCUUCUAUGAACUUCAUGGCCGAGGUGCUGCAGUUUGGGGACAGAGAAUUCUACAGGGACUGGUGGAACUCUGAGACCAUAACUUAUUUCUGGCAGAACUGGAAUAUUCCCGUCCAUAAGUGGUGUCUCCGGCACUUCUACAAGCCCAUGCUGAGGAGAGGAGGCAGUAAGUGGGCCAGCCAGUCUGCAGUGUUCUUCCUCUCAGCGUUUUUUCAUGAGUACCUGGUGAGUGUGCCUCUGAGAAUGUUCAGACUGUGGGCGUUCAUGGGGAUGAUGGCACAGCUUCCACUGGCUUUCUUUGUGGGCCGCUAUCUAAGAGGUAACUAUGGGAACGCAGCAGUCUGGAUGUCACUCAUCAUCGGUCAGCCCAUUGCCGUCCUCAUGUAUGUCCAUGAUUACUAUGUCCUUCAUUACCAAGAGCUACCACAAACCACAGGACUUUAGGACCCCACACACAUCCUUGUAUCCCAUCCCAUCCCCAUACCACAAACAACCUUGUGUCCAGUGCAAUGAGUAUAUAUUUUUGUCAGCCUUGUGCCAGGAGUAUAUAAUUGUGUGAGUAAAAUAUGUUUCAUAUUGUUACACACAUCAUUUGUAAACCUUUAUACUGUGUACACUACUACUCAGCUGUAAGAUGCUUUGAGGUUUUUUACAUUUAAAUAAUGAUUUUAAUGUUUUAAAAUAAAGUUAUUAAAGUGUG